CGAUAAACACCGAGCAAAAAGAGGUACAUCAACAAUCGAGACUGCACAGCUCUGGGUCUUUGUAACAUGGAAUGAAACUUUCCAACCAUGACGCAAUUGACCAACCAGUCUAGCGACGUUGUCAUUGACACUCUCCUGACACAACUCACUCUCAAGGAAAAGAUCUCCUUCCUUGUUGGCGCCAAUGUAUGGGAGACUGUACCCAUUGAACGGCUGAAUAUCCCAUCUUUAAGAGUCACCGAUGGACCCAAUGGCGCCCGUGGAAGUCAAUUCUUUGACGGUACAACAGCAGCCUGUUUCCCAGCAUGUGUCUCAAUCGCUGCCACUUUCAAUGGUGACUUAACGAAGCAAAUCGGUAUAGCUCUUGGACAGGAGUCACAAACAAAAGGAGCAUAUGUACUUCUUGGGCCGACAGUAUGCUCUCAUCGCUCACCACUUGGCGGUCGUAAUUUCGAAGCCUUCUCCGAGGAUCCCCUUCUUUCUGGUGUCCUCGCCGCCGAGUAUGUCAAAGGGCUUCAGUCUGAGCGUGUUAGUGGGACCAUCAAGCACUUCCUUGGAAAUGAACAGGAUACGAGGAGGUUCACUGUGAACGAGAUAAUCUCGGAGCGAGCGUUGAGAGAAAUAUACUUACGACCCUUCGAGAUAGUCAUCAAGACUGCAGAUCCAUGGUGUCUGAUGACCAGCUACCCGAAGAUCAAUGGCAAACACGUUGACACGAGCAACGAGUUCUUACAAAAGAUUCUCCGCGAGGAAUGGAAAUACCCUGGCCUUGUCAUGAGUGAUUGGGGAGCAACUACGAGCACCGUGGAAAGUCUCAAUGCCGGCCUCGAUCUGGAAAUGCCAGGGAAAACUAAAUGGCGAAGUCUGGAGCAAGUCAAGCAGGCUCUCGAAGCUGGUACAUUGACUGAAAGCACAAUUGAAGAUCGUGCACGAGCUGUACUCAGACUACUCAAGAAAACGGGAAAAUUCGACGAUCGCAAGGAUGACAUCGUCGAAACAGCUGUUGAUCUACCAGAACAUCGAAAGUUGAUUUGUCAUGCGGGAGCUGAAGGUAUCGUGUUGCUGAAGAACGCAGAGAACAUUCUGCCUUUGGAUAAAAGCAAGUGUAAAAAGAUAGCCCUUCUGGGACCCCUUGCGAAGUAUCCUGCGGCACAUGCAGGUGGCAGUGCGUCUUUGAAUUGCCACUAUAAAGUGUCACCAUUCGAUGCAUUUUCUUCCCGACUUGGUGAAGAUACUAUUAUCGCCUAUUCCAAAGGUGCUCACAUCUUCAGGGUCCAUCCAGACAUGGAGAAAGAAUGUAAAACUUCCACUGGGAACAACGGUUUCGAAGCCGAGUACUGGAAGAAUUCUACAUUUGAGGGCGAACCUUUCCACACAGCUGAAUUUGCUCGCGGAUCCUUCACCACAUUAAUGGACACCGCCGUAGAAGGCAAACUAAGCGUACGCUUCACAACCACUUACACUCCGACCGAGACUUCAAGCCCGUACUUAAGCUUCAGUACAAUGGGUCCUUCAAAGAUGUACGUAAACGAUGUCACCCUCUUCGAACAAGCGGAAGCCACCAAGGACUCCAUGGCCUUUCUCCUCGGCGUCCAAGACGAGCUCCACUCACAAUAUUUAUUCGAAGCCGGAAAAUCAUACAAGAUUCGAAUAGACAACGUCUCCUCCCCCGAACCAAACGGCGAACUCUAUCUACUCGACGGACAGAUCGCUGCGCACCUUGGUUUCAUCCCGCAAGUUGAAAUGGAACUUGACGUCCUAUCCGAAGCCACAGAACUCGCAAAAGAAGCCGACGUAGCAAUCGUCUGCGUCGGCAAUACAGCGCAGUGGGAAACUGAAGGCCAGGACAUGGACGAUAUGAAUUUACCAGCAGACGGUUCACAAGACCGUCUCAUUGCAGCAGUCGCUGCUGUCAAUCCUCGCACAAUUGUCGUCAAUACGAUAGGUGUGGCGGUCACGACUCCUUGGCUUGAUUCCGUGCCUGCAUUUCUGCAAGCUUGGUAUGCGGGACAAGAAUCCGGGAACGCGAUCUUUGAUCAUACUGCUGUGUAUGGCAAUUUUGGGAUGGAUAGUUAUGAGUCGAGACAGGUGGAAUAUGUGGAGGGAGUCUUUGUUGGAUACAGACAUUUUGAUCGGAUGUGGGGUACGGAAAAGGAGGUGAGAUGGCCUUUUGGGUUUGGGUUGAGCUAUACAAGUUUUGAGAUUAGCGGUGCGAAAGUGGAAGGUAGUUUGGAGGCACCAGGUGGGCAUGGUCCAGUCAUCACUGCGGACAUCAAGAAUGUGGGAGGUUUUGCUGGCGCCGAAGUUGUUCAGGCAUAUAUAUUGCCCCCGAAAGCCAGCGACGAUCAUGUCAUCAAGAGCCUGGUGGGUUUUGCGAAGAUGACACUUGAACCCAGUGAGAUAGGAAGGAUAAGUAUCGAUGUGAACGUGUUACAAGCGGCGUAUUGGCACGUCGAGAGCAGGAAAUGGAAAAUAAAAGCUGGUACUUACAAGCUUUGGGUAUCGACAAGCUCGAGUCCUGAUGAUCGAAAAGCGGAAUUGGAAAUAGUUGUAGAGAAGGCGUUUUUCAUAGAUCCUUGA